UUUCCUCAAAUUAAUAAUUCAGUUAUAUUUCCCUAUUCUUUUCGAGACGAUGUUAAAGAAAAUUAACGGAAAAACUACUAAGUUAUUGUUUUAUUUGAAAAAUAACUUAGUUAGUUGUGUAUUUAAAUUUAGUGUCCUUUCCACAAUGCUUAUUCUAGUAUAUUUGAUGUGCAUGUUAAGUCAGACGAAUAGUGUCGAUUGUAGUGAUAACAGUCCAGUUUAUCCGAUGGAAAAUUCUCAAAAACUCAUGCUGACAAUACCUACAGAGAUUCCUGAAAAUUACCUGUCUGAUAUCGACAGUUCUUAUUCAACGACCGAAGCUCUUACAACUUCAAUAACUGAAACUUCUAAUUCAGAAAAUGACAUCACGUGUACGGAGACAGAUCCUUUGAUUCCUAUACAGGAGCCGGCCACUACUCCAAUGCCUGUUAUCGAACUGAUAAACAAUGACAUAGAACCAGAAGUGGCAAUUGUUGAAAGUUCUUUGCAGGAAUCUACCACUGAAGAAACCGUAACAAACAUCACUUCAACGGAAGAAACAGUCACCGAAGUCACAACAACAAACUUAGUUGCAGAAGUCACAACAACGGACGCAGUAACAGAAGUCACAACAGCAGACACAGUUCCAGAGGUCCCAACAGAAAAUGUUAUUAAUGAUCAAGAAUUCACCAGUACUGAAACAAUAAUUUCCAUUCCUAUCUUAACUGAACCUGACAUACCAGCAGUAUCAGCUGUUCCAAUUAAACGAUCACUUUCCUUAGAUGAAAUAAAUAUGUUUAAAGCAACAUCUGUAGAAACAACGACAGAAGCUCAAUUAGAGAUGUCAACCUCUACAAUUUCCCCACUUGAAGACCCUGAAGAAAAAAUAGAAGAAUUCUCUACGAAUUUGCUGACAUCAUCGCAGCCAAACUCUGUUGUGGAAGUCCAACACAGCACUCCUGUACCAGCAUCUAGUAUUGCUCCAGCUGUUUCUGAAGAUGAUCUUUUCUUAGAUAAUUGGGCUAAUCAUAUAUCAGAAAACGUGGAUGAUCAUUAUGAUCCUAUAGAUUCUUCUCUCGAUUUAAACUUGGACUCAAGUUUAUUCCAAAACGAAGAUACCGAAAUAGUACCGGAGGUGAUUGUUGAAGCAACAACUUUGAAAAAUGAACCAAAUGAAAUCACAACCAUAUCAACAAAUCAAGCUACUACUGAAUCUGAAAAUUUAAGCAAUAUUCCAUAUUCUGACACUGAAGAAUCCUAUCCAGCAAUUUUCUCACCACAAAAUCUUUUGAAUUUAUUUUCUUUUGAUCACCAACCAUCUUCGUCGAAUUUAAAAGCAACUUGGUGGCCAAAAUCGAGGAGUUCAUCAAUGGCAGAUCUUGCUGAAAGUUCGGUGAAAAAACAGAGAAAGAGAGACAAUAAAAUUUCUCUAAAUGAUGACUCAGAAGAAAAUAGUGGAAAUCAACGUAUGUUUGGUCGGAGAUUUAAUAGAAAAUUUAAAAAUUCUGUUGGCAUUUUGGAAAAAUUAUUUGGUAAUUAUUUCCUUCAGUGAGGUAAAGUUGAAUAUACAUAAAUGUAUGUAAUAAUUUUGUAUCUAUCUAGCUAUAGUA